AUGGCGAAUGAAAUGGGCCUUUCUGUACAGGAUUAUGAGCUAUCCAAAACUUUGGACAGUCUUCUAGCUGAAAACGAUGUCUCCAGACCCCUAACUGAUUUUAAGCCACAAAGUUACUUUACUCCGAAUUUUGCAGAUACACCACAUGUGGACCUCUUUGUCCAAAUCUCACUAAAUGAACUUGAAACGACAGUGAAUCAAGGAUCCACCACAAGCAAUCUAAGCUUUAUGGAACGUAAAGCCUUAAAAGAUCUACAACAACAGACUGAGAUUAUUAUAAAACCGGCUGAUAAAGGGGGCAACAUAGUCCUCAUGAAUCGGUCUGAGUAUGUGGCUAUGUGCAUGUCACACUUGGAUGACUCCACACACUACAGGACUCUCCCUUUAGAUCCAACUAAGAACUUCAUAAGGGAGCUGGACACUCUUCUUAAUGAUGCCUUAACCAAACAGGUCAUUAAUCUGGAUGAAUUCCGCUUCUUAUUACCACACAAAAAUCCCACUAUUGCAACAUUCUACUGUUUGCCAAAGAUACAUAAGCGUACGUGGCCUCCCCCGGGUAGACCUAUUGUAUCUGGGAACAAUUGUCUCACACAACCCCUUAGCAAGUUUAUUGAAAAGAUUCUUCAUCCUAUGGUGUUGACCUUGCCAUCCUACCUGCAGGAUACAAAAUCCACCCUUUUGACAUUACAGGAUAUGACAGCCCCUCCCUAUACCCAGCUG